AUGGCGCCCUCAUUCGACACCCUGCGCGACGCAGAUCUCGACGACGAUUAUGAUGAGAGUGAAAUCGACAUCUCCGACUUGAAGGAACGCUUCGAUGUUCAGCUGACACAAGGCUACGACACCUUCAUCGUCAUCGACGGUCUCCCCACUGUCACCGAGGAGCAGAAGCCCAAGCUCGUCAAGUUCUUGCUCAAGAAGCUGCAGGCCGCCGGCAAGACCAAGGAAGAAAAUGUCUUCAUGCCCAUGGGAGACGAUGGCAAGUCUUUGAACUUCGCCUUCGUCGAGUUCACCUCCCCUACCGAGGCCGCCGCCGCCGCGCGCCAACUCGACCUGGUUCCUCUCGACAAGAAGCACACCAUGAGAGUAAACAAGAUGACCGACAUCGAGCGAUACGGACGCGAGGGCCGCAUUGAGGACGAGUAUGUGCCCCCCAAGAUUGAGCCUUUCGCCGAGAAGGAGCACCUGCGGUCCUUCUUGGCCGACCCUGCUGGCCGUGGCCGCGAUCAGUUUGCCAUGCACCGUGCUGAGGCCGUCGGCAUCUUCUGGAACAACGAGAAGGAGACACCCGAGAACAUCGUCGACAGGCAACACUGGACAGAGUCUUUCAUUCAGUGGUCUACGCUAGGAACAUACUUGACGUCCGUUCACCAGCAAGGUGUUCAGCUUUGGGGCGGUGACUCCUGGUCGAGACAAAAGAGAUUUGCUCACCCCUUUGUCAACCUACUUACUUUCUCCCCGAACGAGAAAUACCUCGUUACAUGGUCUAACAGGCCCAUCUCGAUACCAGAGGAAGGACACCCCCAGCUUUCUAUCGACGACGAUGGCAAGAACUACAUCAUCUGGGAUGUCGAGACCGGCAAGCCCCUCAGAUCUUUCGCCAACAUAGAUCCUCCCGCCCCUGCUGCUGACGGUGCUGUCAAGGCUCCCCCCAAGUUCAGCUGGCCCGUCUUCAAGUGGUCUGCUGAUGACAAGUACGUUGCCCGACUGAUCCCGGGCCAAUCUAUCUCCGUCUACGAGCUUCCUCGCAUGAACCUUCUCGACAAGACCACCAUCAAGAUCGACGGUGUGGUAGACUUCGAGUGGGCCCCCGCCACUGUCCAGCGCGAGGGCAACAAGCAGUACGAACAACUUUUGUGCUACUGGACGCCCGAGAUGGGCAGCAAUCCCGCCAAGGUCGGCCUGAUGACCAUACCAUCUAAGCAGGUUAUCCGUUCCCUCAAUCUUUUCAGUGUCAGCGACGCCAAGCUACACUGGCAGUCCGAUGCUGCUUACCUGGCUGUCAAGGUCGACAGGCACUCCAAGUCCAAGAAGUCUCAAGCCACCACCCUUGAGAUCUUCCGCAUUAAAGAGAAGGGUGUGCCGGUCGAGGUUGUUGACACAAUCAAGGAGACUGUUAUCAACUUUGCUUGGGAGCCCAAGGGCGACCGGUUCGUCAUUAUCACGACUCCCCCCGCCGUUGGAGAGGUCGCCGUUGCUCCCAAGACCACAGCCUCUUUCUUCUGUCCCGAGAAGAUCAAGGGCAAUGCGGUGGGUAACUUCAAGCAUUUGAGGACCAUGGACAAGAAGAACCACAACGCCAUCUACUGGAGUCCUAAGGGUCGAUUUGUUGUCCUUGCCACAAUUGCCAACACGCAGAGCAGUGAUCUGGAUUUCUACGAUCUUGAUUUUGAAGGCGAGAAGCCUGAAAGCGACAAGGAUUUGACUGCCAACCUACAACACACAAGUACAGCUGAUCACUACGGUAUUACCGAUCUCCAAUGGGAUCCUUCCGGCCGCUACGUCGCUUCGUGGGCAUCAGUGUGGAAGCACACUAUGGAAAACGGUUACCACAUCUACGACUUCAAGGGCGCUCUUCUUAGGGAAGAGCCCAUCGACAAAUUCAAGCAGUGGGCAUGGCGGCCGCGACCCGCAACUCUGCUCAGCAAGGAUGAGCAAAAGCAGAUCCGCAAGAACCUUCGCGAAUACUCGAAGGUCUUUGAGGUUGAGGAUGCCGAGCGUGUCGCUGGUGCCGACCAGGCUGUUAUCGAUGAGCGUCGUCGCAUUCUCUCUGAAUGGCUGGCCUGGCGCGAAAGCGUGGAGGAGGACAUGCGCUACGAGAGAAUCGACGCUGGUCUGCCCGAGACUGAGGAGGAGAAGCCUGAACCCAAGGUGGAGGACGGCGAGGGAGAGGUCAUCGAGGAGAUCGUUGAGGAGGUAUUGGAAGAAACUGAAGAGAUCGUCCAGUAG